AUGGAUGUGAUGGACCAUUACAGAUGGGGAAGAGAAGGUUAACAGACCACUGGAGGAGAUUUAUACAUCCUCUUAUGUGGCGCUGCAAAUGGUUAGAAGUUAAACUACAUGACUUUAAGUCUCAGGCACUCAAGUACGACAGAGAACUUGCCAAAUAUAGUCAAAGCGAGCAGUUUGAAUUUGGAAACGUUACCUCUCAAGGAUUUGAUGCAGAGUUGCAAGCUUUUCCUUCAAAAAUUCAAAAGAAGGAAGUAAUGAAGAGGAAGAAAAGAAAACGAGUAGAAGAUACUGCUGAUGUUGCAUCAUACAUGUCUGAUCAUAAUAUAUUCUCCUAUUAUGAAAGUAAGAAGUCUGUUGUUGCUUCUUCUGCUCUGGAUGAUGAUUGGGGUGAAGAUAAUAAAACAAUCAAUGGCUAUGAUGAUGGUGGUGGAUGGCCAAUUUUUAAAUCUAGAGAUGGUGAUAAAUGGUCAGAACAGAUCCUUCGGAACAUUGAAGUGCUACGGUCAAGAAUACAAAAACUAAAGACCCGAAUGGGCAAGUUGAUGACUGAAAGUCCUCAAAAGUUCUCAUCAAUCAAUAUGUUGAGUUCGGCUGUACCAUGUGAUGUAGUGAACAAUUCUGGAAAUCAACUUUAUCCUGAUAAAGGAGAUGGAAAUAGUUCACAUUGUACUACAUCCCAGCAUGAAUCUGAGUGUGACAUGAGGGAUAAUUUUAUGCCUGGAAGUGCAGUUUCAAGUCAUGGAGUGGUGGCCCCCUUUCCUGAUAUGAUCAGGAGCAUGAGUAGGCGUCUGCUGGAGAUUUCCUCUGAAAAUAUUGAGGGAGAAAUUCUAAUACCUAAUGAGGCAGCCAAGGAGGAGUUGUGUAAUUUUGGAAGUGCUAUAAGUCAGCAGGCGGAGAAGCCUCACAUAUCCAGGAGAAGCUGAAAACCUUUUCUCUUGUCCAGGCUCCUGGAGACACUUUUUCAAGUCAACGCAAUCUGAUAAGAGAAGGACCUGAUGGGAGCAAUAAUUAGGCUUAGGUAGUGGAGCUGGAGAUCCUCAGGUUAGCUGGCUUCUUUCAGUUGAAUAUAGCUUCUAUUCAUAUUCGAAGAGAUGGAAUAUCCUAUAAAACAAGAGGUCAACCUUUUCAGCUUUUGAUGAUGAUAUGUUCACUAAUGUCAAGUGUAGAUUCUGCUAUCCUCUCAUUUUGCUUCCUGCUGCAACUCAAGCUUGUAUAUGCUACUUCUCAGCUUAGCUGAAACAUAAAUGUUAAGUUCAGAUGCUGUGCGGUAUCUAGAUUACUAUGA